AUGAGUGACCUCCAAAAAAAGUACUCCAAGGAUAUCAUCAUGAGUUCCAGUGAACUGGACAACAGUCGUAUUGCUCCAGUUCAGAAGCCAAAGAAGAAGUUCAGAUGGAAAGUCGAGGACACUGACUCGCCGAAAGAGAUUUAUAAUUUAACCCUUGCCUUCAGUGUUCUUAUUUUUGGUAUUUUUGGUGCGGGCAGAGGUCUUGAUGAAGGUGGAAUUUCUGGUGCUAAGGCCCAGAAAUCAUUUAAACACCAAUUUGGUCUUGAUGACAAGUCAAAAUCUGAGCAUCAGAUUGCCGACUUAACUUCAAACAUUACUUCCAUGGUUCAGCUUGGCUCCGUGGCCGGUGCCAUGAUUGCUAUGUACACCAACGACAAGUUGGGCAGACUUAACGCAAUGAGAGAAAGUUGUAUUGUUUGGAUCGUGGGUGUUAUCAUUCAAAUCACUUCCAAUGAGGUUGGUCAGCUUUAUGCUGGAAGACUUAUCGAGGGUUUGGCUAUUGGACAAGCUACCACUAUUGGUCCUGCUUACAUGUCAGAGGUUGCCCCAAGACAGAUCAGAGGUUUGUGUGGUUGUAUUUUUGCUGGUGCCGUGUACUUGGGUAUUAUGGUGUCAUACUUUGCUCACUAUGGAACUGCAUUGCACGUCUCGUCAAGCUCCAGAGCCCAAUGGGUGUUGCCAAUGAGUGUGAAGUUGAUGAUGGCAGUGCUCGUUUUUGUUGCUUCUUUCUGGUGUGUCGAGUCUCCAAGAUGGUUAAUGAUGGUUAACAAACAGGACAAAGCCGUGGACGCCCUUUCAAAACUCAGAAAGCUUCCAAAAGAUCACGCAUUUGUCGUUGGUGAGAUUAGUGACAUUAAUGAAGGUAUUAUGCUCGAGAAGGAGGCUGUUUCUGGAAACUCAUUUUUUUCCAUUAUCAAGGAGUUCUUCCUUGUCAAGGCUAACAGAUACAGAUUCUUCGUUGUCGCUGCCGGUGCUCAGGUCUUGGGUCAAUGGUCUGGUGCUAACGCUGUCACCAUCUACGCUCCAGAAUUGUUUGCUGUUGUCGGUGUCACUGGUGUUGAGAAGUUGAAGAUGACUGCUAUUUUGGGUACAGUGAAGUUUAUCUCUGCUUACAUUUCUGCUUUCUUUAUCAUUGACUUCUUGGGAAGACGUACAGCUUUGUACAUUGGUAUCACUUUCCAACUUAUUUGUGAGCUCUACUUUGCUAUCUUUUUGAACCUCGUUCCCCAGGCUGCAGAGGACGCCAAUUUGACUGGUAGUGACAAGUAUGCUUCUAAGGGUGCUCUUGCUGCUCUUUUCUUGUCUGGUUGUGGGUGGACGAUGGGUUUCAACUCUAUUCAGUACCUUGUCGGUUCUGAAAUCUUCCCAUUGAAGAUCCGUUCCUUCGCUCAGUCCAUGGUGAUGGUUUUGCACUACGCCAACCAAUACGGUAACUCCAAAGCGCUUCCUAAGAUGAUGCUUGCGAUCAAGCCAUACGGUGCUUUUUACCUCUUCUCUGGUGUUUUGGCAGUCUCUCUCUUCUGGGCUUGGUUCUUCGUCCCUGAGGUUGCUGGACGUUCUUUGGAGAGUAUGGAGGAGAUCUUCAAUUUGCCAUGGUACUUGAUUGGAAGAAAAGGUCCUGAGCUUUGCCCAGACCACUCCGAGCUUGCUCGUAUUCACUUUGAGAAGGAUGGACACAUGGAGUACGAAGAAAUGGCCAAGCCAUCUCAGCAGUAUGUGGAGAACAUCGAUGAUGAGAAGAAUAUCGGAACACGUAACCAGACUCGCUGA